AUCCUUGAUUGGCUGAAGCCUAUGAGGGAAGCCGUGGCGUUUGCCUUUGCCGUAGCCCCGCAGGGUAUAUUUAGUAGGUAGCCGACUCGGCACGACGCGCCGUGCGUGUGGCCGGGCGGGCGGUCGCUGGGGUGGGAGGAUGCUGCGCCGGACCCCCGGCCGCCCGCUGCGGGAGGGGGAGGCUCUCGGCACCCUGAAAUCCCGGCAUGCCGGAGCAUCGAGUCGCUGUGCAGCGGUGUCAGGGGACGAGCAUGGCUGUUCUCUGCCUCUCAGGGAGAAAGGAAGAGUUUUGCUGUUAUGAGCCAAGAGAUAAUGCAGUAGAGCAGCGUAAGUACAGUCCUCUGGAGUGGAUAGUGCCCUGAGAGAAGCCCGCUGAGGAGGAAAGCCCCAUCUCUCUGCUGAGACUCAGCUGACGGGAGAUUCUCUGAUGGAUUACAAUCUCAGCAAACUCUAACUCCAGAGGAAGAAUGACAACUAAGAGACUUAAACCAGACUUUUCACUUUCCUGGAGAGGAACUGGCUCACAGUAUUUGGUGUUUUUUUAAUCCUCUACCUCCCUCUGCUGUUAUCACAGCAAAGUUCCUCAACAAUGGGAAGUCAUGUACUUGCAGCUUCAAUUUCCAUGCUCUCGCUCCUGGCAAUGAUGGGAGACACGGACAGCAAACCAGACAGUUCCUUCAUGAUCGACACCGAUCCCAGCCGCUGCAUGAGGCAUCACUAUGUGGACUCCAUCAGCCACCCCCUGUACAAGUGCAGCUCAAAGAUGGUGCUGCUGGCUCGCUGUGAAGGACGUUGCAGCCAGACAUCGCGCUCGGAGCCAAUGGUGUCCUUCAGCACUGUCCUAAAGCAGCCUUUCCGCUCCACUUGCCACUGCUGCCGGCCCCAGACCUCUAAGCUGAAGGCCAUGCGGCUGCGCUGCUCAGGUGGCAUGAGGCUCACCGCCACAUACCGCUACAUCCUCUCCUGCCACUGCGAGGAGUGCAACUCCUAGGGACCUGCCUGCUGCAGUGCUGCAGGACUGGGAUGCUGCUGCUGGGGAGGGCUCCCAAGAAGUGACUGGAGAUGAGGCCGACAAUUCCAGGACACAACUAACUGGGAUGGAUGGAGCUGAAAGAUAAUGAGGAAUAUCUCCUGGGGCCUGAAUGGUUCUGGUACCAAUGUGCAAUCUGUGGCAAUGGCAAAAGCACGUGGACUUGUUUUUAAGCAACCUUUCUUUUUUGCUGAAAGGAUAUUUUUGCCAGUUUCUCCUUUUUCAGGCCCAGCUCAUGAUUUAAUUUGGGCCCCGAGCAGUAACGGCUCAACAUAGAAGGCUGGAGGGGCAACAGCACUGUGCACUGGAAGCCAGCUUCCAGACAGAUGACGGGCAUUGGUUCUCACAUGCAGCAUCUUCACUUGUCUGUAUUCUCAGACUCCAGGCUACAUCAGCCUUCACACAAACUGUGUCGUUGGCAAGGGCUACCCAUUACUGAUCUAUCAGCCAAGUGCUGGAUAGCUUUAACUGUGGUUUAGCAGAAAUUACAAAUAAAUCACUGAAAGGUGAACCUAAUACAAAAUGUACCUCUGGGAUUACCCAGCGCCAGCUGAAAUGAUUAUUUGCAGUAUACAGCUUCACAGUUGGGACUCUUGAGAAGUAAGGUCAGGAGGCAUUAUUCCCCUCUAAAACCAUGUAAAUGUGACACAUUACAUCUGUCACAAAAGCCAUUAUUCAAACACUAAAAACUAAACAAGAAAUAAAAUGAUGCGUACUAAAUUGUGUCUUUUCUUAAUCUCUUGACGUACAGAGCC